GAUGGAGCUGAUGCCUUGCAGAGAAGAGAUGAGCUCGAUGACUGAACUGAGUCAGAACUCUGCUGGCUCCAGCUGUGGUGCACAGCAGGUGUCUGACUGGUGUCCACCUCUCCAGCAACAGUACCACAGUCUGACCAGCAGGGGGCGAACCAACUCCACACACACUCAGGAGGGUUCGUCCGUCCAUCCUCUGGUUCCCCUCCUCAUCUACAGCGACACGCACCUUCCACCUGUCGCUCCGUACAGCCAGCCAAUCAGUGAGCCUGCUGUCGACCCUCCCUCCUGGACACGCCCCUAUUGCCAUGACAACAGUGUCAGCAGCAGACAGUCAGUGAAGAAGCCUCUGAAUGCCUUCAUGCUCUUCAUGAAGGAGAUGAGACAUAAAGUCCAGCAGGAGGGACAGGAGAGGGAGAGCUCCGCCAUAAACCGCAUCCUGGGCCAACAGUGGCARGCUCUGUCCCGCUCAGAACAGUCUAAAUACUACGAGCUGGCCCAGAAGGAGCGCCUGCUCCACAUGCAGCUGUACCCGGGCUGGUCCGCCAGAGACAACUACGGGAAGAGGAAGAGGAGGCAGAACCAGCAGCUGGCAGGAAGUUCUCUCAGCUGGACUCUAACUGCUGGACGAAGCUCGUCAUGUGACAGAAACAGUUUAAACCCUGAACUUUAACCUCUGAGUUCGUGUCAAACCCAGAACUGAACCGUGUGCAGCUGUUUUCAUCCUGUGGGUUUUAACUUGGACUCAUGCAGACACAGAAAAAUAACAAAAACAUUGAAAUGAUGCCUUUUUGUUGGUUUUAACUUUUGUUUUGCCUUAAUGGUUCUUAUAGGAAUUUUAUUUAUUUAUUUUAUUUUGUUGUUUGUGUUGAAGCUAAAGUUCUGUAAAAUAAAAAAAUAAAAGAUCUGACUGCUGCCAACACUAAUGUCUUAAUUAACGGUUCAGAAAAAGCUGAAAUAAAGUGAAAAUAAUCUUUUUAUUAUUGAACACUGAGACACAAACUGAACGUGGACGGAGUCUCUGUAGCUUUAAGACAAACAAACCUUUGUUGGUUUAAAGUUUUAAGCAGCAACACUUUUUCAGUAACUCAACAACUUAACUUUACAGUAGAAAAAAAUAAACAAAUGAAACUAA